UUUCGAAUCACGGGAUCCGCCAUAUUUCUCAUCUUCAUCUUCCGGAUUUUGCUUUUGUAUUUUCAUUAAUUGGCGAGCUUCCCGAUCAUGGCAGCAACGGGACCUUACAACUACUCCUACAUAUUCAAGUACAUAAUUAUCGGAGAUAUGGGUGUAGGCAAAUCCUGUCUACUUCAUCAAUUUACAGAAAAGAAAUUUAUGGCAGAUUGCCCACACACCAUUGGUGUAGAGUUUGGAACAAGGAUAAUUGAAGUAUCAGGCCAGAAGAUCAAACUUCAAAUUUGGGAUACAGCUGGACAAGAGAGAUUUAGAGCUGUAACAAGAAGUUAUUACCGAGGUGCAGCUGGUGCCCUCAUGGUGUAUGAUAUUACAAGGAGAAGUACUUACAAUCAUCUAAGUAGCUGGCUCACAGAUGCAAGAAAUUUAACAAACCCAAACACAGUGAUAUUUCUUAUUGGGAACAAGUCAGACUUAGAUGCUCAGAGAGAUGUGACUUAUGAAGAAGCCAAACAAUUUGCUGAGGAGAAUGGACUUCUGUAUUGUGAAGCAAGUGCAAAAACGGGUGAAAAUGUAGAGGAUGCCUUCCUUGAUACAGCAAAGAAAAUUUACCAAAAUAUUCAGGAUGGAAGUUUGGAUCUUAAUGCAGCAGAGUCAGGAGUGCAGCACAAACCACUGGCAGGCAGGCCAGCAAACUCACUGCACACAGAUCAGCAGGCAAAUCAGGAUAAAUGUGCCUGCUAACCUCCUAAAUAUUUUAAUCAGAGAACAAGGUGAAUGAAUUUCCUCCAUUGGAUACAGACGCAAACACGACUUAUUUUCAAUAAAUGGUACAAAACAUUGGUUAAGUCUAACAUGUACAUGUAGAUAUCAGAUGUGGUAUAAAUACUUAUAUUGUAGCAAAAGGGAAAUGAUGAGGAAUGGUUGUCCUCAUUGGCAAUAUCAUCUUAUCAUUUCCAUUAGCAAAGAAGAUGCUGUAACACACUACUUUUGAUGAAAGAUAUUCAUGUUUUGUGUAAGGAAAUCUACAAUGGUUCAGUACUAGUUAUGGCACAAGGGUGAAAUUACAGCAGGGUGGAAAGAUGAUUUUUACUUAAAUUCCCAUUUAAAGAAACUGUUUGUCAUACAUGUACAGGUAUUUAACUCUUUUACAUUGACUCAGGAUACCAUGACAAUAACAACACAUGGUUCAUGAAGCAAGUGUUGAAAAUUUAAAAUUAAUCAACAUGGGGUUAACAAUAUCCUAAUUCUAAUUCUAAGAAAUUAUAUCCAAAGUAAUGUAUGGCAGAUAGUAAAGACAGAUUUUGAAAGUGAAAGAGUUAAAUUAGCAAAGCCAACAUAUUUUUGCCUGUUGUUAAAAAAUUGGGUUCCAUAAUACAAAAAGUUGUUCAGAAGUGCUGUAGACAACCAGACCAAACACAGCUAGCUGUUUCAUUCUUCUUUUUAAAAUUAAUAGUUUUCUGUGUACAUUUAUUUUCCUCUUGUUUCCCACAAGUUUAUUUUGCUCCCAGUACACUGCCAAUUCUGAAUAUUCAAACUGAAUUGCUAAACCUAUUGGUGUUCAUCACAAUGGAAUUGUCACAAAGUGUUCCCUGCAUGCAUGACAACCAUCAAGGAAAUCGUAUCAGCAGGACCAGUGUUGUAAUGCUUUUCAUGCUUUUGUACACAAUGGGCUGCAUUUGUCCCUCAAGAUGAUAGAAUAAUGUUUAACUUGUAAAAUCUUGAUAGCACAAUACAAAGAAAAUCAGCACUUACUUAGACAUUUUCUCAUACCUCUUGAAGGAAAGCUCAGGGCUACAGGGGAAAGUUGUAACAUUUAGUUGCUGUCUCGUGCACUCUUGUUGCAGUUGUUUAUGAGGGAAAAAUUAAGUUGUGAUAUAUGCAUAGGUAUGAAAUUUUAAUCCAUCAUUGAAGAACAAUGCUAUAUUGUAAUGCCUUUCUGACUAGAAAAUGACUUUGCUAAAUGUCUGUUGUAGGCAAUUGUUUUCAAAGUUUACUUGCAGAUGUUUCUUGGUGUGCUUGUAACUCCUUGAAUGCGUUGCUCAAUCCAGCUCUCCUCUUUCUUUUGAUAAAAUAAAGCUGUACAGUGUAGGAUAUGUGAAUGUCACUUGUCAUUAUACUUGUAACUUUACCACAAAGACCAGAUGCUAUUGUAAGAAGUCUAAGCCUUUGCAAGUAAAUGGGGAUGGGUGUGAACAGGAUGGGUGUCAUGCAGUUUUCUUGCUUGGAACGUAGGUUUACAUGUGGGCAAUUCCACUAAGCAAUAUUCCUUUAUUAACCACUUAACUGUCUACUUUUCGCAAGAGAGCCGUUUUAACCCAUUCUUUUGUUUAAGGCAGCAGAGAGUUUAUACAACUGUAGUUUGCAUGAUCAAAAAGGUUUGAAAAAUGUCUUUUUGUUUGUUUUUUUUUUCACAUUGCAACCAAACAUGGUUAUUACACUUUCAACAAAGAAUGAUUCAAAUAAGACAAAUCCAAACUUUCAACUCUCUAAACGUGGAUUCUCUGAUGGGAUCAACCUCUUCAUUACGGGAUGGUUCUUUUUUUGUGAACUUGAAGCGAACAGUUUAUUUUUGUGAACUCUCAUUGAAACACAACAAGAGGAUAGGAAAUAAACGGGUCAAAUUAUAUUAAAAGCUCAGUGACCCAGUGGAGUGCAACUUUAUCGACGCUCUGAUUCCCAUGAAGGACCGCGGCAGAAUUUCUCCUUAAAAAAUCAUUGCAAUAACAAUUCGGGAAUUGUCAUUUCAUCCAAUACCAAAUUCUCCAAAUGCACAUCAUAAGAAUCGUAUAGUAGACAGUAAGGAGAAGUACUAAAGAGAUCUUGGGGGUUACAGAGUUCACUCAACAAGACAAUAUGCAAUUUUAAAUUCAUAAUCUUUACAUAUUCUUUCUGAAUCUUAAAAAUUCUAUGUACAACUCAAUCUGAGUCUUCAGACGUAACUUAAUAACAUAAGUACCAGUUUAAUUUUUAAUAAAUAAAAAAACGAAAAUUUA